UGGGCCCUGGGAAUUAAAGGAUGGAAUGGGGAGUGGGGAAAGAGAAAGGAGAUUAAGGCAAGCUAGGGAAGUCCUGGUGGGUAUAGAACUGGGGUGGGCUGCACAGGAGUGGGAAACGAAUGUUUUGCCCUGAAGUGCCCCAGAAGGUCUGGAAGGGGCAGGGCACAAACGCUGUAGUGAAGGAUCUGAAGUAGAGAGCCUUUGGUGCAGAAGAUAAGGAACCAUGGUAACAGAGAAGAGGAAACCCAGCCAGUGAUAAUGUGAGAAUAUGGAAGGCGAUGGGAGCAGCUUGUUUAAUGGAUUAAGACAGUGGCGACUGCGCUAAAACAUGGAUAGAUGCAAACAUGUAGGGCGGUUACGGCUCGCCCAGGACCACUCCAUCCUGAAUCCCCAGAAGUGGUGCUGUCUGCAGUGCGCCACCACCGAGUCUGCGUGGGCCUGCCUCAAGUGCUCCCACGUGGCCUGCGGCCGCUACAUUGAAGACCAUGCACUAAAACACUUUGAAGAGACAGGACACCCGCUGGCCAUGGAGGUCCGGGACCUCUACGUGUUCUGCUACCUGUGCAAGGACUACGUGCUCAAUGACAACCCGGAGGGGGACCUGAAGUUGCUGAGAAGCUCCCUCCUGGCAGUUCGAGGCCAGAAGCAGGACCUGCUCGCCAGGCGUGGGCGGACGCUGCGGUCCACAGCUGCGGGCGAGGACGUGGUCCCGCCACAGCGCACUCCUCAGGGACAGCCGCAGAUGCUCACGGCUCUGUGGUACCGGCGCCAGCGCCUGCUGGCCAAGACGCUGCGGCUCUGGUUCCAGAAGAGCUCCCGCGGCCGGGCGCAGCUGGAGCAGCGGCGGCAGGAGGAGGCGCUGGAGCGCAAGAAGGAGGCGGCGCGGCAGCGGCGCCGCGAGGUCAAGCGGCGGCUGCUGGAGGAGCUGGCCAGUGCGCCGCCGCGGAAGAGUGCGCGCCUGCUCCUGCACGCUCCCGGGCCCGUGGCCGUGCGCCCUGCCACCCUCGCUACCUCCCGGCGCUUGUCCGCAGCUGCCCUCAAUCCGCGCCGCCAGCCGGCGGUGGCCCCAGGUGUCACCGGCCUGCGCAACCUGGGGAAUACCUGCUACAUGAACUCCAUCCUCCAAGUGCUCAGCCACCUCCAGAAGUUCCGGGAAUGUUUCCUGAACCUCGACCCUUCCACCUCCGAGCACCUGUUUCCCCAAGCAACCAACGGGAAGGCGCAGCUCUCUGGUAGGCCAGCCAGCAGCUCUGCCGCAGAGUUGUCAGUAAGGAGUGUCCGGGCCCAGGGCUGCGAACCUCAGGGCCUCUGCUGGAGCAGCGGAGCCUCCAUCAGCAGGAGCCUGGAGCUCAUUCAGAACAAGGAACCCAGCUCAAAGCACAUUUCCCUCUGCCACGAACUGCACACCCUCUUCCGAGUCAUGUGGUCUGGGAAGUGGGCGCUGGUAUCACCCUUUGCCAUGCUUCACUCCGUGUGGAGCCUGAUUCCCGCCUUCCGUGGCUACGACCAGCAGGAUGCGCAGGAAUUUCUCUGCGAACUGCUGCACAAGGUGCAGCAGGAACUUGAGUCUGAGGGUUCCACACGCAGGAUCCUCAUCCCAUUCUCCCAGAGGAAGCUCACCAAACAGGUCUUAAAGGUGGUGAACACCAUAUUUCAUGGGCAGCUGCUCAGUCAGGUCACAUGUAUAUCAUGCAAUUAUAAAUCCAAUACCAUUGAGCCCUUUUGGGAUCUGUCCCUGGAAUUCCCUGAACGAUACCACUGCAUAGAAAAGGGGUUUGUCCCUUUGAAUCAGACAGAGUGCCUGCUCACUGAGAUGCUAGCCAAGUUCACCGAGACAGAGGCCCUGGAGGGGAGAAUCUACGCUUGUGACCAGUGUAACAGCAAACGACGAAAGUCCAACCCCAAACCCCUUGUUCUGAGUGAAGCUAGGAAGCAGUUAAUGAUCUACAGACUACCUCAGGUCCUCCGGCUACACCUUAAAAGAUUCAGGUGGUCUGGCCGUAACCAUCGUGAGAAGAUUGGGGUCCAUGUCAUCUUUGACCAGGUAUUAACCAUGGAACCUUACUGCUGCAGGGACAUGCUCUCCUCUCUUGACAAAGAGACCUUUGCCUAUGAUCUCUCCGCAGUGGUCAUGCAUCACGGGAAAGGGUUUGGCUCAGGACACUACACAGCCUAUUGCUACAACACAGAGGGAGGUUUUUGGGUCCACUGCAAUGACUCAAAGCUGGAUGUAUGCAGUGUCGAGGAAGUGUGCAAAACCCAGGCCUACAUUCUUUUUUACACUCGAAGAACAGUUCAGGGCAGCGCAAAACUCUCAGAACCCCAUCUCCAAGCUCAGGUGCACUCCAGCAGCAAGGACGAACGCAGAACAUACACAUUGCCCUGACUGGGAGGCAAGCAUCAAAACGGCCUCCAGGUCUCCUCUUGGGCUUGCCAGGAACAGAUCCCUGGGUUUGCCUCACUGGUCUAGGGGAGACAAUGCCCUAUGAUUCCUGCUCUGUCAAAAAAUUGGUAGUCACUUUCUUGUGAAACCAUGCAAAUCCCCUUCUCUCAUAAAAACACUAUAAAGGAGCAGCUUCUAUGAAGAUCCUUUUGUCAGUUGCUUCUGGAUAACAGGGAUCUGGGUAGAGGAGACAGGGUAAGUCAUCAGCCAACCAGGAGAGCAAGCAUGUCUGUCUCUGUUGUGAGUCCCCUACUAAUGAGGCCCUUCCCAAAGCACUGCACAGAGUACAUGAGGCCCUGGGCUGACAGCUGGCGGGAAAGACCGGUUCUGACUCAGGUGAAGUCACAGGAGUUACUCACACUAAAAAGGUAAUAUACCAUCCAGGGGCAUAGCUUGCAGACUUUCUUUUUUAGGAGAGAGCAGCUGAAGGGUGAGGGGCAAGGAGCAGACUUCCUCCAUGCCAAUGGGAAGGCUGUCUGUCAUGGCUCAGUUUCUCCUGAACUGCUGUCACCUCAUCACUCCACACAGCGAGGCCGAGGCUUGAGCCACCCCUUCCUUCAGAAGAGGCAGUCAGAAGGACACAGACCUGUGUGUGCAUGGUCUAUACGUGUUAUGCCGUGGACACUCCUGACUUCCCCAGUCCUGUAGCAAGGCCUGGGCUCAAAGUCAUGGUUUGGUUUAGAUUGGUUUUUGGAUCAGUUGUCAGAAGCCUUCUCAGAAUGCAGUGAAGAUGAGAUGAGCUUGUCUGAAUGCCUGCUGUCCCUAAGGCUGCCCCUAAGGUCCCGCCCACCUGUGUGGCAUGAAGCUUCGUUCUUGCCCCUAGAACAUCAGUGCCCACAGGCUUCAGGAGCUUUUACUGCCCUAGUGUGUGAGCAGUGCUUAGGGACUGACUGGAUCGUUUGCUUGUGGCCCUUGCCUGCUGUAUCCCAGCGCUGUUUAUCCACCUCUGCUGCUUUGUCCGUGAGGAAUAGAGCAAGACUCGUCUGUUACUCUGGUAUUAGUGAAAACACAUCUCUAAAAUUGACUCCAUCUCUAUGGGAUUCAGGUGCUCAGAGCCUUCCUCCCUAUCAGGCACAGUAAGCUUCUUUCUCUUUGCAGUGGCUACUGCAGUGCCCCACAGCCUCCCGUGAAUGCUCUCUUUUGGUUAAGUAGCUCGGGUUAACGUUUGAGCUCAGGCAGAGCAGUUAUCACUCAAUGGGGGGAGGCAACGGAGGCAUGGCCACACUUCAGGCACAUCUGUGGUAUUUACUGCUGUUCUCCUUUGAGGUGAGCUCUCAGUGGGCCUGCCAGACAUCAGACAUGGAAGAAAUCAGAGUGGCUCAUCCUGAUAGGGACGACGUGCUGGAUUCAAACAACACUGUGAGGUUUCUGUAGUAUUUAGCUUUUCUUUGGAAGCGAUACCGUAAGGCAUUUUUGUGCUGUUUGGUUUUUACUGUCUGUGGCAGGCUUUUCUGUGAGCUUUGCUCAGGCUCCUCCUCUCCUGGACACUGUUGUCAGGUGUCCCAGUUGCCCACACUGCCUGAGGCUCUGACGUAAAGCUGUACCCCUUCAGGGAGGCCGACAUUACUAGCACAGCAUGACGGUGAUGAUUUGUUACCACUGUAGGAAAGCCCAUUCAAAAAGAAAGCCAUGUGUGCUGGAACACUCCUGUAAGGCCAGCACUUGUCAGGCUGAGGCAGGAGGAUCAUGAGUUUGAAGCUACACUGUGAGGCCCUGUUUGAAAAACAAAACUAGCAAACUAGUGAAAAGGACUGGAUUGCACCUCACCUGAAACCCUGUGUUGUUUAUUCCAGAAAGAGAAUUUGCAGGCAGAGAAUACAGAUCUGCCUGUCUAGAGGGGAAACACAUUAAUCACUAUAAACACCUACAGGAACAUUAAAGGAUUCUUACCCAACUUUUAAGAAGAGUUUUAUAGCAGCUAUCAGCAGGACUGGUAAGCAGAUUAGGGACCUAAUAAAAAAAAUGCUUAACUGACCUGAACACCUACAUAUGAGAUUAGUAAAAUUACUUAGUCAGAAGUGAAACCAACUGUCCCCACUGAGCCACCCACAUGAAGGUGCCACUGCAACCACAGAUGACACCUCAGCUCCAGGAGCAGCAGCUCGAGUUAGGGGUGUGGUGCUUAAGGAGAGCUCUGCUGCAGAAGGGCAGGGCAGGGCAGGGCAGGGCAGGGCUGCUGCGGUACUACAUAGCCAAAGCAGAGCGCUGUGUCAGAUGCAUCACAGUGAAACAUCCUAAAAACAAAGGACAGACAGACAGACCCUGACUAGCUGACUCCAGGACAUACCCCCAGUGCUGCUCUCCCGGCUGCAGUCUCCUGAACGCUGUGAUUGGCUGGUGUGUUUACUUACUGCUGUAACCAGCCAAGAUGAAUUCACCCCAGCCCUCAAAAAUGACUUCUUACCUCAGUCUAGCCUGGCCCUCAUGCUUGUGGUCGCCUCUAAGAGCAGCACCCAUUACUAGUGCAAAACCAGCAGGGCUAGCCUUGGCACCAGGAACUGUAGCUCUCAUCCCAUGGCAGGCAGAGCUCUUGCCAGCUUUAACCCAGCCCCUCUGGCUGAGAUGGGAGGGCAAUGCCACAUAGUGAAGAACUUUUAGAUGUCUCUUAAAACGUCAAGAAUAAGACUGGAAACUGUAGAAGAGUUAAUGUGUCCUAUGGACUCAAUAGCAGAGUUUAUUUUUGUUCACAGUGGCAAGGCCUCUCGAGUCCAUGAUUGUAUGAGGUCCCUGCUCUGGCUAUGCCUUCAGCUCCAUCCACAUUCAGGGGACGAACCAAUGAGGUGGACUGGCCGGCAGUGCCCGAGUAAGCCGAGAGGUCCAUGGUGAAGAAUGAAAACUUUGGGGGCGGGGGGUGGGAGGAUAUCUGAUAUUUGUUUUACUGAUAAAGCUUUGUGAACUAAUUUUCUACAAUUCAUAAAAUUUGGUGCCUUGUACUUGAUUGUGGUUUGCAUGAGAGUUAAGGGGAGGGCUCCUUUUCGUUAUGGGUCUGUAGUGUUUAAAGGAUACGUGCUAUCAGAUUUUUAGAGCAUUCCUUUCUUUGUCUUAUUACGAAUGUAAAUUGUUCUUACCAGCAAGUUCUAGAGUUUUACUGUCCAAACUGUAUUUGUAAUCAAUCAUUCAUCAAAUGUCUGACUACUACCACUGUUGUUCACUGCCUUUUGUUCAUGCCUAACAUUUAUGCUGGCCUUUUCUGGAGGGUGACCCUUUCUUGAAUGUCUAUCACAUCCUAUAUGGCGUUGCAGCUUAUGUGAGCAAGGGUUUCCGGUUAGUUGGGAGAGCACAAAUGAUGAGAAAAGGCUUUCUCUAAAUCACGAUGAAGCUAGGUGACCAAUGGCAGUAGAGUCUGCGUUAACACUGGGGUCCUUCUGCAUGAACCAUCAGGAAGCAGUGUCAAAACAAUGCGCACAUGUGAACCUUCAGACUGUAAGACAAGCCACUGUGUACUAUGCAGUGAAUCAUGGAGAAAUGACCCGUCUCCACCAUCCUCAACACUUCUCGGGCAGAUGACAACCUGGACAGUGCUGACUGGCUGAGGAAGGUAGUGAGACUCAAGUGUGUUCGUCAGGGCCAGUCCCAGCCAGUUCUUUCACUCCAAGCUUGAAGUUUCUGUUGAACUUGUGAGACUUCACCAAGUGUUCAUGAAUUUACCAUGCAAAGCAUACGCGGUAACUGGGUCCCUCGCUUCGUUCCUAGAGUAAUUAGGUGAAGAGUUUUAUCUUUGGGGUGAAAUUUUCUAGGGUCACUUGAUUUUUUGUCAGCUAAGUGUGGGUCUCACAGGUGGGUCAUUUUUGUCAAUACUAAAGCUGAAAAGCACCUUCUCAGAACUGUGAGCUUCGCCUCUCUUCUACAUUCCUCUGCUCUCCAUCCAGUCUGUCACUGUAACUAUGAUGUACCGUCAACCCAUGCUCCACUCUACACCAAGGCUCAGUAGCUAUGAGUCAGGGGGGUCACUUUGUGAGACCUGCCCAUGCUUAAGUUGGCAUCUUUCACUUAAAAAUACAACUAGCAGCUGGGGAAAUGCUCAUUGCUAGAGCACUUAGCACUCGAGGCCCUGGGUUUCACCCAGCUCCACUAAGCCAGCUUAAAUGAAACUGCCCAACCAGCAUCAUGGCGUCAAAGAACAACAGUAAAGUUACUUGGAAUUAAAUCUUAGGUUCUGAAUGAAGCUUCAGUUAAGCUCUGAAAGCUGUCAUGUCUUAAGUUUUUGUCUCAUCUGGCUUUUAACUUAAAUCUUGUCAUUAACUGCUCAAUUAUGGGAUCAUGGCACACUUUAAGGUUUUAUUCCUCCAGAAAUCAGUUGCUCUUUCCUAGUGUAGCCAAAAUCAUGUGGGUUCUAAGUCUCACACACUGUUUACAAGGCUGCUUCCUGGUCACCUUUUGGGGCUCUGCAAGUAAUGGCUUCAAACCCAAGCUUUGUCCUCGAGUUCAUACUCAUGACCCUGGCUCCCCAGCCCUAUUGUUUUUUUUUAAAAAAGGAAGUCUCAGUGUGUAGCCCUGGCUAACCUGGAACUCACUAUGUAGGACAGGCUGGCCUUAGAGAUACAUAGCUUCUGGGAUUAAGUGUGUGCCACCAGGCCUCCAGCCUGCCUCUUCAGAGUAUCUGUAAUCCCAGGGUAAAUUCUAGGCCUGAGUUCCCUCAUAGGGUGUUUCUCCUAGCCAUCCCCACUCAGGUCCUACCUGCUAAAGAUUCACAAGAGAAUGGCAACCCCCGUCCUAUGCAUGACUAGGCACGUGGCUCAGUAGGGUGCUUGCCUAGCAAGCAUAAAGCCCAGAGUCUGAUGCUAGCACCACAUAAAAUCAGGCAUAGUAAAGCCUUGAAUCCUAACCUGUACCUGUGAUCCUAAGAGUCGGUUCAUGGAAACAGCAAAAUAAGCAGUUCAUGACCAUCUUCAACUAUGUAGCUAAGUUUGAGGCCAGCCUGGACUACAGACCAGCACAAGAACCAGAUAUCUCCCCCUCCCCCCCCCCCCCCCGCAAAAGAACAAAAAACAAACACUUUUAAUUAUGCCUCCCCCAACCCCAAUUAUUUUCUGGAGGUCAAAUUGAAGCCUUUUCUGCAAUGAGCUAUACUGGUAGGCCUCAGAGAACUGACUGGAUGAGCUAUGUGCCAGCAGGUCCAGGAAAGCUGCUUUGUCUUUUUCCUUUUUUAAGUAACAUCUGUAACAGUCAUGCAGCUAUGACCCAGACACACUAAUCCUUUCCGACGCAUGCUGUGACCCACAACCAGUUCCAAAGCGGCUGGUGCAUAAAAAAAGUUUUAAAAUACCCAGUCAAUUGACUACAUGAAACUAUGGAGACCCCGUCUCUACCGCCACCUGGUUCCCUGGUACAGGAGUCUUUCUGUGCUGGUUUCUGCGUGCCUGGAAGAACACCAGACAGCAGCACCAGUGUGAAUUUCAGGGUAGGGAGCACCUUUGUUUGUGAAGGAAGCUGCUUCCUUGUGCUCCCUGACACGUUUGUCUCCACCCACACAUCACUGUCCACUCCUGCCACCAGGUCUCACUCUAUCCCAACAAUGCCUCCCUGGUCCCUGGAGAACCCACCUGGCAAACUAAAACGACAACCACCACCUUCUUCCUACAGGAAGACUCAGCAGUAGGAACUGCUCAAGAAUCAGCUUUGCGGCACGUGUGCAUCCCUGGGAAGUGGGUGGUCCCAUUCCCAUUUCAUCUCCACUGCAGAUCAUGUUUGGGGCUCAUGCCUGUCUCUUGAGUGUGAAAUACAAGUCAUGUUUAUUUGAUUUUUGUAAGCGGACUUUUUACACCUUGUUUUUGUAAUAAGUUUCUUAUUAAAAGAAUAAAAUACCUGUC